ACGUCAAUGAAUUCCAACAGCUACGGAAGCGGUCCCGCAUAAAGAUUUACAACAUCGUUGAUCAACACUUUGGUGUCUUCAUAAUGGGUGGGUGGUUUUCCAGUCUUUUCUCUGGCCUGUUUGGCACCAGAGAGAUGCGGAUUCUGAUCCUAGGGUUGGAUGGAGCUGGUAAAACGACAAUCCUUUACCGUCUGCAAGUCGGAGAGGUGGUCACCACCAUUCCCACAAUUGGCUUCAAUGUGGAGACUGUGACAUACAAGAACCUGAAGUUCCAGGUGUGGGAUCUCGGAGGACAGACAAGCAUCAGGCCAUACUGGCGUUGUUACUACUCCAACACAGACGCUGUCAUCUAUGUGGUGGACAGCAGUGACCGAGACCGGAUGGGCAUCUCCAAGUCAGAGCUGGUUGCCAUGCUGGAGGAGGAAGAGCUGAAGAAAGCCAUUCUGGUGGUGUUUGCCAACAAGCAGGACAUGGAGCAGGCCAUGACCCCAGCAGAGGUUGCCAAUUCCCUAGGCCUCCCUGCCCUCAAAGACCGAAAAUGGCAGAUCUUCAAGACCUCCGCCACCAAGGGCACAGGCCUGGACGAGGCCAUGGAGUGGCUGGUGGAAGCCCUGAAGAGCCGACAGUAAGACACACCCCUUGCAUUGUGUAUAUACUCCUGAUCUCCUGUACAAAAGACCUCCUGAUUGGACCACUCAGGAGGACCGGUCACUGCACUCCCAGGACACUUUUAGUAGGCAAACAUUGUGGAGCGACGCAACUAGAAAGAGCAUGAAUGAAGAGGACACAAUUCCUUAUUCUGCACGGCAUGUUUUUGUUCUACAUUUCAAUCUGAAAGUUUUACAACAUUGUGCCUGUUGAAAAUAGCCCUGCUACCUAGUCCUGGCCUCUAAUGCCUGAAGCCUUGGGUGUUCCUAGCCCUUCCAUGCCUUCUUGUCUGGGAUAGAGGCUCCAAAAUAGUGUAGUACUUCCAUCCUAAAAUAUAGUUGUCACCCCAGCCAUAAACCCUGUGGUGAACAUGAUACUGUUUAGGUAGGUGAAGGGCUCCCAUUUAAUGGAUGGUGUAGUACUAUAUAGUCAUGUAGAGCUUUGCCGUUUGUUGUGCACCAUUCCAGUUCUUGUUGAUGUGUAAACAGAACAUUCAAAGACAACUGAGAACUUGUAAAUUGCGGGUUUCUGUGCUAUCAAGAGAAAUAAAAAAUAACCUGGGAACAAUAGUUAAUCCAACGUUCAUUAAGUUGGUAACUCUGGGAUCGUCCUUGAGUUUAGACUUUCUGAAUUGAAGAUCAGGCAUCUUAUUUUCAGGCGUUUUAUUUUCGAUUUCCCAGUUGUCUCAAAAUCACUGUCAUUAACACUGGUGAAGAACUGAGUGUCCCCAUCCAAGAAAUAGGACCUGAUUAAAAACCCCAUGAUACUGACAUGACUAUAAUUUUUAGUGUAGCUGGUGCUGUUUUGUAUUGUACUACUCAUGCUGAAUCAUCUGUACUUUUUUACUUUUUCAUUUCUGAAACUUGCUUUGGGUUUGUAAUUUACUUUAGCUUUUUUUCAUUGGAAUCCUCAAACUUGGAAUUCAGCUUUGGUGUUUAUACCAGUCAUUUAGUUGAACACUAAACUGCUUGAUUUGUAUGCUAAAUUUCCAAUGAAUAUUUAUGACCUUUGUACAGUGAAAAUUACCCUCAGUAAAACUGAUUAUAUAU